UCCAUACCACUUGUCAUACAGUUCGAAUCAACUUCUUAUAAUAAUUUUGUAAAAUAUUACAAAUUUUUUGGUGCUACUUUUCAAACUUACAUAAAACUGUGAAAUAUUACAAAUUUUUUGGUGCUACUUUUCAAACUUACAUAAAACUGUGAAAUAUUACAAAUUUUUUGGUGCUACUUUUUAAACUUACAUAAAACUGAAAUUUUACGCGGAUUCACGUAAUUCUAACAAUCCAAAAUGUUAUUAGUGCAUGUAUAUUCAAGCUUUGAAAAUAGCCAAGACAUGGAUCCAACAUUUUUCGAAAUCGAUGCUGAUGAUAAAAUUUUUGAGCUAAAGCAAAAGCUGGAGCCGGUACUAGCGCUUCCUCUAUCUCAGAUUAAUAUUUAUACAUCUGAAGAGAGAAUUUCAGACAAGGAGGUAAUUUCGGACGUUCUGAGAGCUCAAAAUAUGAAAAAUUCGGGAACGGUUGCGGUUUUCCAUGUAUUCCAAGGCAACACUUGCGUGGCAAAUCUGAAUUUUCACCAACAGCUGCAUACAGAAGGGAAUCCUCAAGAGUCGCAGUACAUCUUGACUCUGGAUUCGUGUUGCAGUAGUAGCAGCGCCGUAUCGGGUUUGCUAAAGGAUAGGUCUCCUACGUAUAAACUUGCAGCUGGCGAUAGCACAAGAUCGGUGAUAUUGCACAACAAUCGGCCCAGGUUUGGGAUCCUGGCAGAAGCAGAUGGGCUCAAAUGCGAGUCGACCUCGAGCACGGAGGAGGAGCAGCCCUCUUGCAGCUCGAGCGUGGCUAAUCCGCAGUGCAUUGACAGGACGAAGGACUGCUGCCAGCAGCAGAACUGCGGCAAGCCUGAUAAUCGACCCCCGUAUGCGAGAACCAUGCCGGAGAACAGGCGCUUCGGGUUGGUGGUCAGUAACCUGGACUGCUGCGCAGAUGUGGACUCGGAAGCGGUGAUGGCCCACAUAUUUAAUCUAUUUGAAUCUUGCAGUAUUACGGAGUUAAGGUUUAGUGACUGCAUUUCGAUGGCCAAGUUCGGUUCGAACCUGCUAAUGGUGUGCGUGGACGAUCAGACCGCAAAUUGGGUGAUCAGCGCGGUGGACACAUUGUGCCCACCCCAUUCGUGCCUGCCCUUUAUAAAGUUUUUCGAUUUGUUGAGAUGUUCAUUCGUGCUGCCUCUGGUGCGACCCGGCGAGCCAUUGUGCAGUAUUUUUGCACUAAUGGAGAAACAGAAUCUGGAACUGGUGACUGAUAAGUGGAGUGUCAUAAGUCGCAUCCCUGUGGAUCCCUGCGAUCCCGAUCUCGUGACGGACCUCUGUCCGAACGAGAUGAUCGAGCUCUACAUCGACGAGGAUAGCAGGGAUCUGAUAUCCGAACAGUGUGAAAAAAUUGUAUACUUUUGUUGGCACUUGAAGGUCAACUUCGAAUGUUAGAUCUUCACCAAAACCGGGUACACCAGAAUCUAGUAACUUUCGCCCACCACCACCACCACCCGAGGAUUAACAACGAACAGGAGCCUGCCCCUCGGCAGCAAACGCAACAGCCACGGCCACCUGGAGGCCGUCGCCUCCUAUCGAUCAAACUCGCAGAAUCCGGCGAUCGCUUGCGAAUGACUCCCCGAUGCCUAGUCCAUUCCACUGGCCUGGAAGCUAAUGCCCCGGAUAUGUAUACUAUUGCAUCUACCUCCACUCUCUCCUGCCAGCUGCACCACCCAAUCGACCACCCACGCAGAGCCAGGAGGUGCAGUUCUUCGGUGCCAUCACACUGCACUCGAAACUGAUAAUGCACUGGCACGAAGUGCCGCCAGAGAAUCGCGUGGAGUUCAAGCAGAAGAUCCUCGUCGCUUUUCCGGCGCACCAAAGUUCGUGCUCAAACGCCAGUACAUCUCGCUAUGCGUCUGCAUAAAGCACAUGCAUCCAUCGAGGAUGGAUGUAAGCGUCGAUGUGCCGCUGGAUCAUGCUAGAGGUGCUGCAGGCACCCGAAGAGGCCCAGGUCAUCCACAUCUCCGUCAAGCGAAGGCCACUCGUUCUCCAGACCGCCGAAAGGUAUCUUGAGCUCAAGAUGCACCGAGUUUCGUAUGGAGAGACAUACAAAAACAUGAACAUGGAUUAUAAACUUCGGAUAUUCCAUUGAAGGAUACGCCACUGGAAGUGGUGCACAAGUGCUACUGACCCUGCAUGCAUGCAAACGAUGGUUGCAUGACCGACGAUGAGAAUGGGCUAACAGACGCAGUCGCCGUAGUUCUAUGUGGAAGUACAAGACAUUUCCGCUGGGACAAUCACCCUCAGAGCGGAGCUAGCUUUUAGUUGCAUGCCAUUGUUUCCGGAAGUGCUGCUGCUGCUGUUGUUGGAGGAGCUGGCGGUGUCCUCAUCGCCGGCCUCCUCCGCUUUGGUCACCUCAAAGGUGCCGCUCAUCGCAAACUUGGAGCCCGCGGUGCGAUAGCCGAGAUCCCCUAUAAUAGCGUUGGACACCUUUUUCAAACGCCAGUUCUGUCGCAGACGCCGUAGUUCUAUGUGGAAGUACAAGACAUCUCGGCAACGCUGCUCAUUGUGGUCAUUCCUCAAGCUUUCAGCCGAGAAGCACCUGUGCCGCCUGCGAUGUGGCCUUCUUGCGUCUGUAGACCUGCACAAUGGGCUUGGUGUCGUCUGCUUCCUCCAGCAAGGGACUCGGCACCAAAUAGCGCUUAUCCUUGGCCACGGAUAUCACAUCGGACAGCGCACAGAUCUUUGUGAGGGCAUCUUUCAGCUUGUUGCGCACCGCAUCUCAGGGCCACAGGCUCUCCUGGAACUGGGUGGCGUUAUUGUCGCCGCCGCCGCCGCCGCUUUCCUUUCCUCCUUUUCUCAUUUUCUCCUUCAGGUAGUCCAGAGACAUUGCAAAGCGCGCAUUUCGCUAGACUUUCGUCAAGAUGGCCGUGCUGGAAAUGCGGCGUUUACUGCCUCCCGCUUAAUACGCUUAAAAUUUGGCUUCUCUGAAACGUACGCAAACAGCAGUCUGGCAUAGACAUUCUAUUUAUAAUAUCUAUACAAAACAAUUCGGCAGCCUUUUAAAAUUAAAAAAAAAUUUCUAUCAAA